CGUCGCUGCAGAGUGUUUCCUUCCGGAAAGAAUUUUCUGGUGCACCAGCUGGUCGCUGGAGUGCUGUUAAAUCUCUGGUUUCAAGACAAUAAUACAGAAACGUCUGACACGAUGGAUGAAGAGCCAGAGAGAGCCAAGCGCUGGGAAGGAGGCUAUGAAAGGACAUGGGAGGUGCUUAAGGAGGAUGAGUCAGGCUCCCUUAAAGCCACAGUGGAAGAGAUCCUGUACCAGUCCAAAAGAAAGAGGGUGACACAAAGCCAUGCACAAGUGAGGCUUGGGAUGAUGCGCCACCUAUAUGUUGUUAUUGACUGUUCACGCAGUAUGGAGGACCAGGACUUAAAACCCAACCGUCUCACCUCUACCCUGAAGCUGAUGGAGGGAUUCAUCGAUGAAUACUUUGACCAGAAUCCCAUCAGCCAGGUUGGCAUUAUCACCACCAAAAACAAAAGGGCUGAGAAGCUUACAGAACUUGCAGGAAAUCCAAAGAAGCACAUUGCUGCUCUGAAGAAAGCAGUUGACAGCUCAUGUGUCGGAGAGCCUUCUCUGUACAACUCUCUCAGGCUGGCUAUACAGACCCUCAAGCACAUGCCUGGACACACCAGCAGAGAAAUCCUCAUCAUCCUCAGCAGCCUGACCACAUGUGACCCAGCUAACAUCUGUGAGCUAAUCAAGACUCUGAAGUCUCUUAAGGUGCGAGUGUCAGUAAUUGGGCUCUCAGCAGAAGUCCGAGUGUGCACGGUUCUGACCAGAGAGACGGGUGGAUCCUACCAUGUUAUCCUAGAUGAGAGUCACUUCAAAGAGCUGCUCAUGCAUCAUGUCAAACCUCCGCCAGCAAGCUUCUCAUCGGAAAGCUCUUUAAUACGAAUGGGUUUUCCUCAGCACACUGUAACCUCUCUGAGUGAUCAAGAUGUCAAACCGUCGUUCAGCAUGUCUCAUCUGGACAGUGGUGGUGGCCCGGCUCUGACUCUAGGAGGAUACUUCUGUCCGCAGUGCCAAGCAAAAUACACAGAGCUUCCUGUGGAGUGUAAAGUCUGUGGUUUGACGCUGGUGUCUGCUCCACAUCUGGCCAGAUCCUUUCAUCAUCUGUUUCCCCUCCAAGCAUUUAUUGAGAGUCCAGCUGAUAAUUAUCAGCAGAAUAAGUUCUGUCAGGCUUGUCAAGGGCAGCUGAAAGAUAAAAAUGUCCUCGCCUGUCCUUUGUGUUGCAGUGUGUUCUGUGGGGAGUGUGAUCUCUUCAUCCAUGAAUCACUGCACUGCUGUCCCUGCUGCAUUCACAAUCGGACUGCUACAUGAGGCCCAAACAGAGGCGGUCCUAGCCAGUUUGGUGCUCAGGGCAUAGCACUCUACAAGGGGGAGUGAGGUGGAUUGGGUGUUUUGACAAUCAGAUACUCUGGGUGAGAGCUGUGGGAGGGAGGCAGGAGGGGGAAUAUAAACAAUGAGAGGGGCUGGGGGUGCUCAUGCCACUCCACAAGAUAACACCCUGGACUGUUGCCCAUUUUGCCCAUAUCAGAAACCGCCACUGGGCCCAAAGAAUCGGUCUUCCUCAUCACCUCUGAUUCCUCAUGUCUGUCCUGUCAGUGAUCACUCUGUCUGAAGAAUUGGGCCAAUUUUGUUUUUGGGUUGCAUGGAGAUCAUCCAACUAACAAUGCUUGGAAUGUUUUGUUUUGAAGAGUAAAAUGUUGUGUUUUUCAUUCAUCUUUCCCUUUCAUCAAAACAUUAAGGAUAAAACUGCUGUUUGUAAAUAAGAAAAACUGGUUUGAAGCGCAAAAUGCCUGACGUGGGUUUUUACAUCAUCUGUAUCCAGAUUUGAAGUAUAUAGUUUGGAUAAGUUCAGUCAAACAGUUCUUUGCACUUACUCAAAUGCACUUAUUCAUGACUUUGACUCAUUCAUGUGUUUCUUGGUUGAGUUUCCAAACUGCAUGUUUUACCUGUACCGAUGUUAUUUUACUAUUUCUCCACAACAUUGACUCCACUGCUUCUCUGCUUCAAUUAAACUUCCCACAAUCCUAUUGCAUCACAGUCACAUGACCAAACAAAGACCACAUGACCAGCCCCCUCACUUCCCCUCUAAAAACAAACGGCAACAAAAAAAUAAAUAUUAGAGUUUAAAAUCAGCCCAGUUUUAUUUAUUGGACUGAUACCAAUAUUCUAAAAAUGUACCAGUCGAUGCCAAUGUUAGUACCGCUAUAUCAUCAUAGUCUUUUUUCUUGCAGUUUACUAUUAAAUAUUAGAAAACUGUCACUUCUAGGGUUUAAUGUAGAAAUGAUAAAAUCAGGUGACAUUUAAUUUCCCUUUGGAGUCAAAGUAUUUUUGAAUUUCUGUGAAGAAUGUUCUUUUUUUUUUAUUAAUCUCCUGUAAUAUUAACAUUUUGCGAGACACGAAGUAAAGGCUGUACUUCACUCUGUGUAAUAAAUUUGCAUAAAGAUUU